UAAAUUCACAAUGUUAUCUUGUUGAUGUCCUGUCAUAGUGUUUCUGAGAACCAAUCUCUGCUUCGCAUGCCCCCCUGGGAGAAUGUGUGGCUGCUUGGAGCCAUCUGCCUCUCCAUGUCCCUCCACUUCCUUAUCCUUUAUGUGGAGCCCCUGCCGAUGAUCUUCCAGAUCACCCCACUGAACGUGACCCAGUGGCUUACAGUUUUGAAGAUUUCCCUGCCUGUCAUCUUGCUGGACGAAGUGCUCAAGUUUGUGGCUAGAAACUACCUGGACAAGCCCAAAGAUCUGGACAGUCCCAAGGGCAAGGCCUGCUUGCUCAGCACCUGCGCGGAGGGCAUUUCCUGGCCUUUCGUGGCUUUCUCACUCCCCCUGGUGCUGUGGAUCUACAGCACUGACACUAACUUGGCCAAAAUGUUCUGGUCUUGACUGAAAUGUGCACAGAUGUGUGUAGAUAGUGUGUACGUGUGUCUGUGUGUGUGGUUGUGCGUUUAAAGUGUGCCUCCGCAACAGAGAAUGUGUACGAGAAGGACAGGACUAACUCAAAAAUAACCGUGAUAUAGAAAUAUAACCUUUUUUUUUAACAUGUCCAGUGGGGAUUGAGGAGACCAUACAGACCUGAAGUCUUCAAGUAUAGUGACCAUUGAUUUCUUUUUGUUAUUGCAUUUUUAAUCAUUUGUUUAAUGUCUUAUUUCAAACCAGUAUCAAUUAUGAUGAUAUCCAAUUUGGUUUGGCCCCAAAUUAUGUUUAAAUGGCUGAAUGGGAAAAAAAAAGUGCUUGUGUACAGACAUUUAACACUAUUUUAUGCAAUUGUUUAUUUGUUCAGUUUGCUAACAGAGAGCAGAGUGGGUAGGGUAGAAAGAGAGAGUGAGAGAACAAGACAGAACUGUUUACUAAUGUUUACCUUUGUGUCUUUGGCGUGAACAUCGCUCAGAGCCAAUGGACUAGCAUGGUGUUUCAAAGCAGCAUGGGAAAGAGAGUGCUGGACUGAAUGUUUGAAUGCUUCACAGUCAAAUCCUCAGAUGAAAGCUGCAUGUUCUGUAUUUUGCAUGCAUUUUAUGUGGUUUUUCACUUAUGAUUUGUACCUGUAUGUCUUUCCCCAUGUGUAAUAACUUCCAUUUUUAUGGGUAUAUAUUUUGUUUCCACUAUUACCUGACACUUUUGAUUAGUAAAGCCAGUUUUUCUGCACUAGGCAGAGUACAGCUACCUCAGGACUGUCAGAUUAGACUCUCUCUGGUUGCUUCUCCCCACUUAGCUUUACACCGCUUGUACACAUUAAUGCAUGAGGUUUGCCUCUAUUUGAUGAUAAACCGAAUUUAGAUUCUUUUUGCCCUAACUAAUCUGUUUUAAGUUUUGUUUGUUUGUUUGUUUGUUUGUUUUCACUGUAUUUUAUAAUUGAUUGAACUUGCAUUAACUUAAUUUGGGGGUUUUGUUUUGGGGAGGGGUGGGUGGACAAAAGAAGUAAAUGUUACCGUUUAGUG